UAGAAAAUCAAGAUGGCGUCGACAUAGAAAAUUAAAUUUUUUACAUUCUGUGUCUACCUUGCGUAGUCGUUUUUGUUAUUGAUAUCAAUUACUAAUCUGUGACAAAAUGAGCGAGGAAGAUAUGUUUUACUGCUCAUUUGUUAGUAUACAUUAUAUUAUCUGUGAGUGUGGAGAAACUUUUCCAACAGAGGAUGCGUUGAAAAUACAUUUAGAAAAAGAACAUCCACACAAGAAAGAAAGGAAAGAAUAUAAAUGUGGAGUGUGCGAAUCAAUCUUCCCCACGGAACAACAAUGUAUCGCCCACUACGAGUCGACUCACAUCGACGUGAAGCAAGAACACGACUACGUGGAGAGGGAUGAGGAGAGCACCGAACUCGAAUAUGAAUACUAUCAGGAACAUGAGACGCGCGAUACAAUUUACAGGGUCGUGUGUGAAGUUUGUGGACAGCUGUAUUAUGAGAACUGCAGUCACGAAUGUCCAUCAGAUACAACGAAGAAGUUCACGCCAUACAAGAUCCAGCGCUUGAAGAAAGACUACAAGACGCGCCCGAAGAAAGUAGUGUGUGAAGUGUGCGGGAAGCAUUAUGCGUCUAAUGCGGCGCUUCGGUAUCAUCAGCGGGUGCACACUGGAGAGCGGCCGUACAAGUGCUCCGUCUGCGAGAAGAGCUUCACAAUGCCGCUGUUCCUACAGAUCCACAUCCGCACGCACACCGGCGAACGUCCGUACAAAUGCCAGGCCGAAGGAUGUGCCAAAGCGUUCAGCAACAAGGCAGCUCUACUCAGACACGAUAGGGUGCACACCGGGGCGAAGCCCUACGAGUGUCCUCAGUGCGGCAAGGCGUUCACGCAGUCCAACUCUAUGAAGCUACAUGUCCACACUGUUCAUAUGAAACUACCUACCCCCUACAAGAGCAAGAAUAGACUGCACAUGGCAAGAAUGCGACAAAUGCGCGCCACAGGCGUGCAAACGGAAGACAUAGCAGCUGUAGAGAGCAUAGUUAGCAUACCGGAAACGAGUCUCAGCGAGGCGGAAAUGCAACUCUGCAAACCGGAAAUCAUGUACGAAGUCGAUAAGGAGGAAGUUACAUACGAGAUUGUCUAUGAAGAUUAGUGAGGAAGACUAUUUAGCAUAUAGCGCUCUUAAUAAAAUAAUGAGCUAUUUCAAAAUUGUUAAUUUGUGGCAGUCGUCGGAAAACUAAUAUUUGUUUGCUGCCUUUUUUUGAAGUUGCUAUAAAAUUGAGCUUAUUAAAGAUAGGUUAAUAAACCUAUAGCAUGAAAAAGGGAAAAAACUAAAAGAUCGCAAACAGAAAUUGGUUGUUUGUCGAUUGCCACAAAUUGGCUAUUUUGGAAUGGGUCAUUGUUUUAUUAAGAGUGCGAUAUGGUUAAUAAAAACAGCAAUAGACUGAGUUGCAAUAAGGGUCUUCUUUUAAAUUGUAAUUCGUAGUUUCGGAUGACGGAUACGUUUUGUAACUACGAAGUGUUACGGAUCCGAUCCGUUCAUCGCGAUAUUUCAGACAUGGAAUUUGUAAGAACUUAGGGGCCUUCAAGUAUUAC